GGAUAAGUUGCGAAAACAGGUCCCUCCUUGAAGAAAACCCCUCGCAUAAGUCCCGCGCCUCCGUUAGUCCGCCACUACCCCAAACUCCGGUGACAAAACCCUAAACCCUUCCCGUUAGUACUCACUACUCACACCGUCUCCCGGCGCCUCCUCAGAUUUCCUCGCCAUGGCGGAAGACAAAGAGGAUAAAUCGUUCAAAGACUUGGGCGUGAACGAACAACUAGCCGACGCGUGCGACAAUCUCGGCUGGAAGAACCCUACAAAGAUACAGGUGGAAGCCAUACCUCUUGCUCUGGAGGGAAAGGACAUAAUCGGGCUCGCCCAGACCGGGUCGGGUAAAACCGGCGCCUUCGCGAUUCCGAUUCUGCAGGCGCUUCUCGAGGCCCCGCAGGCUUUCUUCGCCUGCGUGCUUUCUCCCACUCGUGAGCUCGCCAUUCAAAUCGCUGAGCAGUUCGAAGCCUUGGGGUCGGGAAUUGGGGUCAAAUGCGCAGUGCUUGUGGGAGGCGUGGACCUGGUCCAGCAGAGCAAUGCCCUUGCCAGGCGGCCAAACAUUGUGGUUGCUACACCUGGCCGUCUUGUUGAUCAUCUGUCCAAUACCAAGGGUUUCACUUUGCGUACACUGAAAUACUUGGUACUGGAUGAAGCAGAUAGAUUGCUUAAUGAUGAUUUUGAGAAAGCAAUUGAUGAAAUACUAAAUGUUAUCCCUCGUGAACGGAGGACAUAUCUAUUUUCUGCAACCAUGACCAAAAAGGUGAAAAAGCUACAAAGAGCUUGUCUGAGAAAUCCUGUUAAGAUUGAAGCUGCUUCAAAAUAUUCUACUGUCGAUACGCUUAAGCAGCAGUAUUGUUUUGUUCCUGCAAAGUACAAGGAUUGUUACCUUGUCUACAUUUUGACCGAAAUGUUAGACAGGACAUCUAUGGUUUUCACUCGAACGUGUGAUGCCACUACACUCUUGGCCCAUAUUCUUCGAACCCUUGGCUUUGCAGCAAUUCCAAUUAACGGCCAUAUGACCCAGGAUUAUAUACAUAGGGUGGGGAGAACAGCUCGUGCAGGACGAUCGGGUGUGGCGAUAUCCAUUGUGAAUCAGUAUGAGCUGGAGUGGUAUUUGCAGAUCGAGAAGCUCAUUGGUAAAAAGCUGCCCGAGUAUCCAGCUCAGGAAGAAGAGGUUUUGUUGCUACUGGAACGCGUUCAGGAGGCCAAACGAAUAUCUCAAAUGGCAAUUAAGGAAGGUGGAGGCAAGAAGAGGAGAAAGGGUGAUGGUGAUGAUGAUGAUGGUGAAGAUGAAAUCAAAAAGUAUUUGGGCCUUAAUAAAGGGAAAGGGAAAGGAAAAGGGAAAUCGUCCAAGAAGGCGAAAAGAAGGUGACUGGAGAUUCAUCCAUGAAUUUUGAUGUAUUUAAUCUUGAUUUCAUUCAGUUUUGUGUUGAUUUAACUUGUGUGACAGUAGAGUUGAAAACGAAAAAAUGCUCUGGAAAUUUUUGUCAAACAUGGACAAUCAUAUAAAACUACUUUUUUGUGGUUGAUUUGGAAAGAAAAUGGAUUGAAAUGUCAAAAAAUUUUGUAGGAAUUUCGAAAUUUGGUAUUUUACAUUUUAUAUACGAUAAUUG